AUGGCACGUGGAGUAGAUAUACCUAAAGUCAGUUGGGUGUUGCAGUGUGAUCCGCCUACGAGCACGAAUGCCUUUGUGCACCGCUGUGGGCGCACCGCCCGAUGCGGGGCUGAGGGACGCGCACUACUGUUCCUUUCCCCAAACGAGGUCGCAUAUGUCAACUUUUUGGAGAUCAAUCAAAAGGUGCAUCUCGCCGAAUUAUCACCGGACAAUUUGGAGCGACUAUGCGUCCCGGAAACUGGUGGUCAGCUAACACCGGAUGCGAUUACCUCACGUAUUCGGUGUCUCUGCAAAAAAGACAAGUAA